AGAACACUAUUGGACUGUGGUAACUGUCAAUCAAUUUUAACUCGAGCCGCUGUGCAAAGGACUGAAAUCGACUGAGGAAGAGCCAGAGCGCAAGAAGGUCUCAUUCAACGGCAGUGGGGACGAAUACAGAGAAUGUGAAUUUAUCAUUCAGGUGUAUAACUGAAGAAUAGUAGACUGUUACAGUGAUGGAUAUGAGAGAUGCUGCGGGAAGGUGGGAUGCUCUGGGCAGUCGAGACUCGAGCUCCAGACACGCAGCGAUGGAGCUCAUUCACCAGGAGGUAAUGAAGAGAAUAGAGACCAUGGGGCCGAUACCGGACCCGCAGUCCUCCUCUCCCCCAGCCAUGGAUGACAGUCUGUCCAGUGAUCUCAACGCUCUCCUGGCUCAUGUCCUGAUGCUCUCCAAACGGUGCCCUUAUGAAGACAUCAGGAAGAAAUGCACGUGUUUGCUCCAGAAGGUUCAGGACGUUGGAGUGCGAAUCCCCAGACCGGUGGGAAAUGGACCAAGUAGAUUCAUACCAGAGAAAGAGAUACUUCAAGUCAGUAAAUUGGAUAAAAGAAUACAGUCGAUUUUUGAGGACGCCUUUGCAGUGCUCGGUCGCCUUGACAACAUCUCCUUAGUGAUGGGGUUCCAUCCUCAGUAUCUGGAGAACUUUCUUAAGACACAACAUUACCUGCUUCAGAUGGACGGUCCAUUGUCUCUGCACUGCAGACAUUACAUAGGGAUAAUGGCUGCUGCCAGGCAUCAGUGCACGUAUCUGGUCAACCUGCACGUGAAUGACUUCCUGCAGGUCGGAGGUGAUCCCAAGUGGCUGAAUGGUCUGGAAGAAGCCCCACAGAAGCUGCAGGCUCUUGGGGAGCUCAAUAAGAUCCUGGCCCAUCGCCCCUGGUUGCUCACCAAAGAACACAUUGAGCGUCUACUGAAGGCAGAGGAGCACAGCUGGUCGCUGGCCGAGCUGAUCCAUGUUGUGGUGUUACUCACACUCUAUCACUCUCUGGCCUCCUUUACGUUUGGUUGCGGCAUCAACCCUGACAUCCACACAGAUGGAGGACAUACGUUCAGGCCACCCUCGCUCAGCGGUUACUGCGCUUGUGACAUUGCCAAUGGCAAUGGUGCCCUGGAGGAGAUGUUUGGGAACCAGCAGGUGUCUGAGUUGUCUGGUGAAGUGGAAGUGCUGAUGGAGAAGAUGAAACAGCUCCAGGAAUGUCAUGACGAAGAGGAAGCCAGUCAGGAGGAAAUGGCCACUCGUUUUGAGAGGGAGAAGACCGAGAGCAUGCUGGUGGUCACCUCAGAGGACGAGGAGUGUGUACCAUCCAGAGAUGUUUCACGCCACUUCGAAGACCCUAGUUAUGGCUACAAGGACUUUUACAGAAGAGGAGAACAUGUGCCCACCCUCAGAGUGCAGGACUAUAGUUGGGAAGAUCAUGGCUUUUCCCUUGUGAAUCGUCUGUAUCCGGAUUUUGGACAGCUUCUUGAUGAAAAGUUCCAGAUCGCAUACAAUCUGACGUACAACACAAUGGCAACACACCAGGGUGUGGACACUUCCAUGCUUCGUCGAGCCAUCUGGAACUACAUCCACUGCAUGUUCGGGAUUCGGUACGAUGAUUAUGAUUAUGGAGAAAUUAACCAACUGCUAGACCGCGGUUUUAAAGUCUACAUCAAAACUAUGGUGCGUACUCCAGAGAAGAUCACCAAGAGGAUGUACGACAGCUUCUGGAGGCAGUUCAAGCACUCUGAGAAAGUCCACGUUAAUUUGCUUCUUAUGGAAGCGCGCAUGCAGGCAGAACUGCUCUACGCUCUGAGAGCUAUCACUCGCUACAUGACAUGAAGUGUUGUUCUUGUCUACCUUUUGAUAAUUUUUUUACUUACUGUUGUUGACGUUGGACACUUA